AUGGCUAGUCGCCGCAACCCACCAGUCACUGCGGAGGUUCUACUCCGAGACCUUUCAUCUCAGAUGGAGCAUAUGCUAGAUUUUCUGGAAACGGAUCUUACGCCUGCCAUUAUACGACCGAAAAUAGCCAAAGACAGUCCAUGUGUUGUCGAUCUCAUUUCAGCCGGUGCAAGCUCCAGCAGAUGGAUCCUUCGGCUACGAACUAUCCUUGAAUGGUCGUCUCUUGCAUCGGAAGAGGAGCAUUGGCUUCAAGCACAUGAAAUGGAACUGGCGCCUCCAGGGAGUCACAUCCAAGGCGUCUGGCUGAUGCCGUCGUUUCUUCGUCAUCUAGGUCGCUCAAACGAUCACAAUGCCCGCAGUGAUCUCCAGCAGGGCAGGAAGCUGAGGCGAAUGGAAGUGAAACUCGGUACUGGGAUUGCGCUUGUACUAGCUCCCGUGAUGCCUACCUUUCGGCGACUGUCCCUUGCGGAAGAAGCCAAAUUUAUUCAGCUUUUAGUGUCGGACUACCCAAGCAUACUUUGCGAGACUCAAAGACUUCGGAAUUUAAAAAUGAAGUAUCAAACAUUGGUAAGUCAAUUUGGCCUUGGUUGUGUCUAG